AUAAACAUAGGCGUGAUGAAAAUGUGCGGCUAUAUAUAUGUAAGUAUCCGACUGCAAGGCCACAAGAGACCACAUCAAAUAAGCAUAAGUCUUGGCGAAAAACCAGAGGCUGGAGAGAGAAACAAGUUUCAGAGUGAAAAUAUAUAGUUUUCUGGUGUAACCAAGCACCUAAGCAGUAAUAAUGGGGAGAAGCCCUUGUUGUGCAAAGGAGGGCAUGAACAGAGGUGCUUGGACUGCCCAUGAAGACAAAGUUCUCACUGAAUACAUCAAGCUCCAUGGAGAAGGCAGAUGGAGAAACCUUCCCAAAAAAGCAGGUUUAAACAGAUGUGGGAAGAGCUGCAGGCUUAGGUGGUUGAAUUAUCUGAGGCCAGACAUUAAGAGAGGUAACAUAUCUCCAGAUGAAGAAGAGCUUAUCAUUAGGCUUCACAAACUUUUGGGGAACAGAUGGUCUCUAAUAGCUGGUAGGCUUCCAGGGCGAACAGACAAUGAAAUAAAGAACUACUGGAACACAAAUUUAGGUAAAAAAGUUAAUGACCACCAACAAGGAUCUGCUUCAGAUCUCAAGCACCACAAAAAUGGUGAACCAAAUUCCAAGAAAGCAAAAAUGAUGGACAUGGCAGCACCAGCAUCCCAUGUUGUCCGUACCAAAGCUGCUAAGUGUACCAAAGUUUUUAUCGACCCACACCCACACAAAGUCCCACUUGGUCAUGAUCAUCAACAUUGUACUGAGGAAAUAAAUGCAGGGGGACUAAUGUUUGGUGAAGCCAGCGCUAUGGAUGAUGACCACAUUAAUAGCACACAGUCAUUUUCUUCGUUCUCUAAUAUCAAUGCUGAUCAAGAAAAUGUAACCUCGGAUUUUUUGGCGGAUUUUGACAUGGAUGAGAUUAGCUUAGCCAAUCUUCUGAAUUCGGAUUUUCCGGAGAUUAAUCACGAUGAAUUGAAUCAUAAUGGCAGUGACAAUGGUAUGUCACAUUGUGUAGAUGAAACCGCUCGAUUUUUUUCAGAAGGAAUGCUGCAACAUUGGAAGAAUGGUGGUAGCGACGAUGGUGAUGAUCGAGUUCAAGUUCAGCCAAAUUUGGUUCUCAAUUUCCAUUCCUACACUUCUUUUCUGGGUUCUGACCAUCAAGGGAAGAAUGCCUUGGAGUUGGAGAGAGUCGUUGAAUAAUUUUUCCUAAUUAUUAUCUAUUGUAUAUAUUGUAAUAUUUUUUAUGGUGUCAUCUUGUCUCCAUGCUGGUCAUGUUUGAUAUUUAUCAUAAUUAUCAGUGGCAAUCCUACUUUUCCUUGA